UUGCUCCUAUCUCUGUCUGAGGAUUGAUCUUUGCUGUGAUUAAAUAAAAAGAAAAAGUUCUGGAGUAGCUCUUGUCUUUCUCCUGGAAAUCAGUUUAUUAAACUGUGAUGGACCCAUGGAUUACUUGGACUAUUAUCAGUAAAGAUCAAUUUUUUAUAUAUACAUAUACUGUACAUAGUUUGUGUCCUUUGAAACGCAUUAAUCUGAAGUUAAACCUGUGUAUUGGUAGAUUUCAUUUAAAUCAGUUUAGCCCUGGAGUAGCUUGUCUUCCUCUAGGAAAUCAUGGUCAUCUGGUCAAGAGACUGGCUCUCAAUUAUAAGUGUAUAUUUGCAGGACCACCAGCGUGUAUUUGUCGGCAGCAUUUUAUUUUAAGGUUAAUUUUUAUAUUCUUCCGCAACACUGUAUUGAAUAACUGUUGUAAUGUUCAAAAUUAAAAAAAAAUAUAUAUAGAUAUAGAAAGUAUAAAAAUAUAUAUAAGUGUGUGAAAAGGUCUUAGGUGAAUGUUAAUCUUGGUGUGUAUAAAUGUAAAUAAAUUUGUACAGUGUUGGGGACUUUUAGUUUGAAAAACGAGUGUGUUUUGUGUUGUUCUCACGUGUGCACUGACGUUUGUUGGAAAUUGAAGAUCAAAUAUUCACAAUUAUCUUUACGCCGUUAUAAGUUUUAAAUUCUCUCCAGCAGCACACAUGCUUACUUUUGUUUUUGUUUGUUUUUUUUACACUCGGUAAGAAAAAAAGAAUAAAAAAUAUCCUGUUAAAGUCGUAAUAUCGCGUUACUUUAUGUGUUGUGUAAGUUCUUAUCGAAUCACCUAACCGGCAUCGGAUCCAGACAGGUCAAAUCAUAAAGUGCAAGAAGGGAGGCUUUCUGUCACUCAAAUCCAUUCAUAAGACUGAAAUGGCUGUCCGGAUAGCUUUGGUUGGAGCUUUACGUUAUGUGGGCUCCAGGACGAGUGUGGUUAGUUCACAGCGACUGCUCUGCUCUCUCGAGAGAGGACGAGGUUCAUCUGGCAGUGUGAGGGUACUGUAUGAUGGAGAAUGCCCAAUAUGUGUUAAAGAAAUUCGCUUACUUCAGUUUCUUCAAAGAAACAGAGCAGAAAAAGUUGAUUUUGUGGACAUUUCACUGCCAGAAUAUGACGGGAUGAAAUAUGGAGUCAGUUAUGAGAUUGCAAUGGAGGAAAUGACAGUGAUUGAUACGAAUAACAAGAUUCAUCGUGGCGUGCCAGCUUUUACAGUCAUGUACAGUGCGGUGGGUUUGGGUUGGCUUGGACGGUUCAUCUCUCUCCCACUGAUCAGGCCUGUAAUGGAUCGCGCCUACUUGUUGUUUGCAAGAAACAGACUGAAGUGGACCGGCAGAGAGGGCUGCAUCACUGGACGCUGUGUGAAAAAAGAGACAUAAGGGUCUGAGAACUAAAAUGGACUCCCUGCUAUACUAUCAUGUCAAUGGAUGUAUCGUUGUUAACAGUUGUUGUUGUUGUUACUGUAAAGCUUACUUUUUUGCAUCUAAUAUUCUUUUAAAUAUGUACUGAAUGUAACUGUAAUAUCCAUGUGUACUCAGAACAAAUUAUUUUUUUAUUAAGAUGUUUAACUACUUUAAAACUUUAAAAAACAAUGUAAUAUCUGUAUAUACAAUACAUUACUCAUACUGAGAGGGUAGUCAGAGUGUUGACACUUUGAACAACUUUAAUGGUACGUUUUCUAAAAUUAGUUGCCCCCUGACUCAACUGUUGGAAUGUAGUAGGACAGAUUGUGCUUUAAUGGGGAAUGUCCAGGGGUUUGGUCAGUACUCCUUUAAACCGACCAAUAGGGUUUGAGUAGGGUGGGAUUACAAACCCCACAGGAAGCAAUCCAAGCAAUACAUGUGUUUUGGAAGGAAAGUGAGCAUUUAUUAUUCUCCUUGAAGUCAAGUUCAGCAGAAGAGGAAAAACCAAAAGACAUUCCAUGAUUCUGAUUCUGCUGCCAAAGCUCUUCCAGUCCUCAUUCAGAUCAUCUGCUUGGACACUGUAGGCACUUUAUGGAUGGGUUGGUAUCUUAACAAAACACAGGUCACUUACCUGGGGUCAAGGCAGCUGUGCAAGAUGAAGUAUAUCCUCACAAACAUCAGUAAUGUGUCUCACCUUGUCAGGAGUAUCGGCUCCUCACCUCAGUCAGCAAGGAGGAUUCCUCUCAAAUCACAUAGAUCAAUAAAAACUAAGAGACUUUUUGGAGAUGUUAGCUGUAAUAUGAAAUAUGAGAAUGGAUUGGGGCUUCAGAAGUACCAUUUAUACUCAACCUCCAGUAGAGAAACAUUCAAAGCAGAAGCACCCAUUGGAGUUUACCAGAACAGUAGGACUACUUUUCGGAUGCACUUACUUGGACUGAGAUUAGGAGAGUCUUUUAAUCGUCUUUCCCAACACAUUAACUUGUACUUUAAGCAGAAACAGGUCUCUGUGACGGAUUACGGGCAGAUUGAAUUGAUAUCUUCAGUGCAGGAACCAUUUACCAGAACUCAGAGACGAGUUCAGAGAGAGAGAGGGUCCAGAGCAUUUAUAGGGACGCCUUCUAUUGAGCAGGCCCAUCAAACAUCCUCAAAGCAAGCCUUGACUUCAGCCUAUCCUGGACUACAACUGUUCCACAUCAGCUCCUUGGCAAACAGAUUUGGGGAGACUUACAGCUAUGUGGCCAAUCACAUUAACUCUGUAUUCUCUCGAAAUCCAGAUGAGCAAAUUCAUGUGGAGGUAUCACCAGAUGAUGGCUUCAGAAGGUCUAGAAACAGAAAGCGAAGAGUUAUGGGUAACAAAGGUGUUCUUCAUUGGGAAAAUGAGCAAACACAGCAAAACAUAAGUUUGGGUACAAGACCAGAGAUAGAUAAGAAUGUAUCUAGUUCCUGGGAAGAAGGAUAUCUUCACUUUGCCAGUCACAUCAAUCGAUACUUUGGGGCAAAAGUAGCAGAUACUGUUGAGGAAUCACCAGGUGUUGAUCAUCAGUUGUCAAAGACUUCAGUCUCACUGGACCCUCUAAACAAAACUAAACACCCUAGUUCACUUCUUCUUCAGCCCAAAUCUCCAGGCUUGUUCCACGUGAGCAGCCUCGCCACACACUUUGGGGAAAAUUACACUUACAUGGCCAACCACGUUAAUCGGUACUUCAAUGGAUCUGCAGCUGUAGAGAAUGAGGAGGUGGGUAGAGAUCUACACACAGAAGAACAUUACAGAGGUUCAUCUGAGGACAUGGUGAGCCAGGAAAAACCAGUGACCUUCUUUGAGUACCUGUUGAAACCCUCAACUUUACCUGGAUUUAUGGGCAGCUACCUGGGAAUGGGCUCUAGCAGGCGUAGUGACCAUGCAACUGUAACAAGGACCCCAGAGGAAAUGCUGGACAAAAUGGUUUUUAGGAGGAUGGAGGCAGAUGAGAUGACAAGAGUUCUACUGAACAGGCUUAAAGAGGCUAGCGUACCGUCAUCCAUCACUUCUUGUGUGGAGGAACUGAACACUCACCUCAUUCAGCACCCAGCAUGCAAGACUGUGGUGUGGCAGGAAAAAGCUGCACUGUGUCUUCUUAGACGACGCCGGAUCUUUUGGAUGGAUAAAAAACUUCAAGAAGCCAUUAGGCAGACUCUUGCUCUGAUUGGCUAUGUGGAUCCAGUCAAAGGUUGUGGGGUCAGAGUGCUUUCCAUUGAUGGAGGUGGAACCAAAGGGUUAGUUCCACUACAAGUGUUAAAACAGUUGGAGGCUCAAACAGGAAAGCGAGUGUAUCAACUUUUUGACUAUAUAUGUGGAGUCAGCACAGGAGCAGUUUUGGCUUUCAUGUUGGGUCUAGCUCAUAUCUCUUUAGACGAAUGUGAAGAGAUGUAUCUUCGUUUUGGGACAGACGUUUUUCGACAAAACCCCCUGGUUGGUACAGUGAAGAUGGGCUGGACACACUCCUACUACAACACAGAAACAUGGGAGAGGAUUUUAAGGGAGAAGAUGGGGGAGGAGAUUUUAAUUAAAACAGCAAGAGAUGAGCUGAGCCCAAAGGUGUCUGCUGUAAGUGCCGUAGUGAACUGGGGGAAAAGCCCGAAAGCAUUUAUCUUCCGCAACUAUAACCACGCUCCAGGAAGAUUGAGCCGCUAUUCCGGAGGAUCAGGGUACCGGCUGUGGCAGGCUGUCCGCGCCUCAUCUGCUGCUCCGGGAUAUUUCCAGGAGUUCCCUCUCCAUGGUGACAUACACCAGGAUGGCGGUCUUAUCCUCAAUAACCCCUGUGCUCUGGCCGUCCAUGAAAGCCGAUUGCUGUGGCCCAAUCAGCACUUCCAGUGUGUGCUGUCACUGGGAACGGGACGCUAUGACAAUGCUAGAAGAGGGCCUGCAACCUCCACUAGUCUCAGAGCCAAAAUCAGCAACCUGGUCUGCAGUGCCACAGAUACUGAGGGAGUUCACACUCUAUUGGAUGACCUCUUAUCACCGAAUGUGUAUUUUCGCUUUAACCCAAUGCUGAGGUCAAACGUGACACUGGAUGAAAGCAGGCCUGAAGUGCUUCAACAGCUGCAGAAAGACACACAGCUGUACUUGGACCGGAACCGACCCAAACUGGAACGUCUGUGUGAUGUGCUGAUGGUGGAGCGCACAGCGAUACGGAAGACACGGGACUGGAUCGGUGGGAAAGCGUGGGAGCUGCAGCACCGCUGGGCUUGAGUGGACUUUACACGGUGCUGACCAGAAAUCAGUUGAGAUCAGAUGAAAACUAAUUACAAUUUUAUUUUGAUACAAAUCAUUGUUAGAGAAGUUGCAAAUCAAAUCAGUCCAAAUAUGCAGCCGUGUACACAAUGUUAGAAUUAAUGUACUGAGCACUUCUGCCAUGAAAGCAGAUUACAUAUGUAAAUGUAUAUUUUGCAUAAAUGUCAAUAUUUAUAGACUGAUGCAUUUAUUUAUUUAUUUCUGUUUUACAUU